AUGAAGGAUAAAAUCUAUAGAGCCUGGAAAGAAGCCACACAGGCAAAUAGGUGGGAUCCUGAUCGUGAAUGCUAUUUAGAUCCGAAUGGGAACAUUAUUGUAGAACCAUCAUCUGUCACACUCGAAACUCUCAUAGAAUCUUUAAAACAAGAAGAUGAACAAAGAGAGAGAGAUGCUGCAAAGAAAGCCGAAGAAGAAGAGCUAAAGUCAAAGAAGAUAGAUGAGGGAAUCAUUGACACCACAAAAGAAAUGACCGCAGAAAACCUGACAAAAAUGGCUGACAAAGUGCUUAUGGCAAAGGAACUAGAGGUAGAUUCCAAAUAUGCAUCUGAGUCAACAAGCAAGGUCAGUAAUAGUGGUUCAAACAAUGAAUCAGUUCCAAAACCAAUUGGAAAGAACAAAGCUGGUGAAGAAGUGUACUCGGAUGGAACAGGGGUGGGUUAUCAUCAAGUUCCACCACCUGUGUUAAACAACUUUACUAAGAAACAAUCCAGGUUGGCUAAUGAAGUUGAAACAAAUGAGAAAUCUAAUGUUGAGAAACUUCCAGAAACAAUCGAUGCCACAUUCACUUCAUCAUCCAAUGAAGAUAGUGUUCAGUCUGAAGUCCCAAAAUCUGAGACUAAGACAUCAAAUGUUCAAAAACCAAAGGUUUCUGAUUCUGAAAAACAAUCAUCUUCAACCAAACUGGUUAAGAUGUAUGUACCUUUGGACUUUUAUGAAAAACUUGAGGAACAAACUUCUACUUCACCCAAGAAGAAGUAUGUUGCAAAGAAAGACCAACCAUCUGGUCAAUCUCCAAAAAACGAAUUCUUUUGUAUAAAGAGGUUGAGGUUGCGUCUGAAGAAAGAGCUCCUGAGAUCUAUCUCACGUUGGAUUAUGGAUAGUGGAGCAUCCAAGCACAUGACAGGGAGAAAAACCCUGCUUUACGAUGUUAGAGGGUUCAACGGUGGAUACGUCGAUUUUGCUGGGUUUGUCAUCCCCGAGGAGUGGAUCAUCAUGCGAGCACCACGAGUUAAUGAUCUGUACGUGUUGGAUAUGAGCGUCGCUACGACUACCACGGGCCAAACUCAUUGCUUCAUGUCAAGAGCUACAGAAAAGGAGUCAGAGUUGUGGCACCAAAAGAUGGGCCACAUUUACCUACGCAACAUAAACCACCAGGUGCAUAAUGAUUUGUUGUAUAAAGGGAAAAAACGAAAGAAAUCUCAUCCUAGUAAAAAGAUGAACUUUGUCUCGAAGCCACUGGAAAGACUUCACAUGGAUCUCGUCGGUCCUGUGAAUGUCAAGAGCAUUACGGGUGAUCUCUAUUGCCUAGUAGUCACUGAUGACUAUUCGAGAUUCUCGUGGGUGAUGUUCGUGAAUUCAAAAGACGAAACGUUUGAGAGUUUGCUGAGGUUAUUCAGGAAGAUAGAGAAUUUGUACCGAGCACGAAUUCGCAGACUAAGAAGCGACAACGGUACAUAA